AAAUUUAACCCGCGCAAAGGAGAAGCGAGCCGAAUUGAGAAGUUGUGUAUGAAAGCGUUGAGUGAGGAGUUGCUUCCCUUGGCAUUCAGCACAUUGAAUCUAUCGGAAUGGAAGAGAGCCAGAAUCAGAGGCGAAUGGAGCCCCCAAAAAUUCAGCGGCUGAGCGAGUCGGUGGUGAACCGAAUCGCCGCCGGCGAGGUCAUCCAACGCCCCGUCUCCGCCGUGAAGGAGCUCGUGGAGAACAGCCUCGACGCCGCCUCCUCCUCCGUCAGCCUCCUCAUCAAGGAUGGCGGCCUCAAACUCAUCCAAGUCUCCGACGACGGCCACGGAAUCCGUUUUGAGGACUUGCCCAUACUCUGCGAGCGCCACACGACCUCCAAGCUGUCCUCGUUUGAGGACUUGCAGCGCAUUAAGUCGAUGGGCUUUCGCGGCGAGGCUCUCGCCAGCAUGACCUACGUCGCUCACGUCACCGUCACCACCAUUACCAAACCCCAAUUGCACGGUUACAGGGUAUCCUAUAGAGAUGGUGUCAUGGAGCACCAACCCAGGCCAUGUGCUGCUGUUAAAGGAACGCAGAUAAUGGUUGAAAAUCUGUUCUAUAACAUGGCUGCAAGGAGGAAGACGCUGCAAAAUUCUUCUGAUGAUUAUUCAAAGAUUGUAGACUUAGUAAGCCGGUUUGCUAUUCAUCAUAUUAAUGUCAGUUUCUCGUGCAGAAAGCAUGGAGCUGUUAGGGCUGAUGUUCACACUGUGGCCAUGUCUUCAAGGCUCGAUGCCAUCAAAUCUGUCUAUGGGGUCUCAGUUGCUCGCAAUCUGAUUGAAAUUGAAGCCUCAGACAAUGAUCCAUCUACUUCGGUUUUUGAGAUGCAUGGCUACAUGUCCAAUGCAAAUUAUGCUGCAAAGAAAAUCACCAUGGUGCUUUUCAUCAAUGAUCGACUGGUUGAGUGUUCUGCAUUGAAGAGGGCUAUUGAAAUUGUUUAUGCAGCGACAUUACCAAAAGCAUCUAAGCCCUUUAUAUAUAUUUCAAUUGUUUUACCACCAGAGAAUAUUGAUGUCAAUGUACAUCCAACAAAGAGAGAGGUGAGCCUUUUAAAUCAGGAAGUCAUCAUUGAGAAGAUACAGUCUGUGGUUGAAUCAACAUUGAGGAGUUCCAACGAGGCACGGACAUUUCAAGAACAAUCAGCUGGGCAAUCUUCAUCGCCUCGUAUUAAUACAAGUAAGGAGGUUAACCUCAGCCCUAUGCCAACAGGUUCAAGAUUAUUGAAAGUGCCGGUACAUAAGUUGGUUAGAACAGAUUCAUUAGAUCCUGCUGGAAGAUUACAUGCCUACACGCAAAUUAUGUCUGAUAGACAUCUUGAAAAGAGUGCUAGUUUGAAUGCAAUAAGGUCUUCGGUUAGACAAAGAAGGAACCCAAAAGAUUCUUUAGAACUCACUAGUGUUCAAGAGCUUCUUGACAAGAUCAAUAGCAACUGUGACCCUGGCAUGACAGACAUCAUAAGGCAUUGCACAUAUGUUGGAAUGGCAGAUGAUGUUUUUGCUUUGCUUCAGCAUAAUACUCGUCUUUAUCUUGCAAAUGUUGUAAACUUGAGCAAAGAACUUAUGUAUCAGCAAGUUCUUAGCCGUUUUGGCCAUUUCAAUGCCAUUCAACUAAAUGAUCCAGUCCCCUUGAAAGACUUGAUUAUAUUGGCUCUGAAGGAAGAGGAUAUAGAUUCAGAAUGUAAUGAUGAUGACAGCUUAAAAGAGAAGAUUGCAGAAAUGAACACAGAAUUGCUGAAACAAAAGGCAGAAAUGCUGGAGGAGUAUUUUGGCAUUCAUAUUGAUGAGCAUGGAAAUGUCUCUAGACUUCCUGUGAUACUUGACCAGUACACACCUGACAUGGAUCAUGUCCCUGAAUUUGCUCUUUGUUUGGGCAAUGAUGUUGAUUGGGAAGAUGAAAAGAAUUGCAUUCAAGCAGUUUCAGCUGCUUUGGGAAACUUCUAUGCUAUGCAUCCACUGAUGUUGCCCAAUCCGUCUGGUGAAGGUUUGCUUUUUUACAAGAAGAGAAAAAUGAUGGAUGGUUAUGCUGAAGAGAAUACCUGUGAUAAUACUGGGAGUGACGUGAUUGACAAUAAAGUUGAGCAUGAAAUGUUUUCUGAAGCUGAGACUGCAUGGGCCCAGCGUGAAUGGUCAAUACAACAUGUGCUUUUUCCUUCCAUGAGACUCUUUUUCAAACCACCUGCUUCUAUGGCUACUGAUGGAACCUUUGUUCAGGUAACUUCGCUGGAGAAACUGUAUAAGAUUUUUGAAAGAUGCUAAGCAAACCAUAUGGAAUGUGACACUAAUGGCAUCAGUUUUUGCGUUGGUUUGGGCAUUUUGGGUUUUGGUACUAAUUGUGGUGCUCCAUGCUACAUCAUUUGUUCUUGUAAAUACGUAUCUAGAUGAUUCAUGUGUCCGUUAGAGGAUUUCUUGGUGUAGUGAUACGUCUAGUUGUUUCUUGAAAACUGUUCGAGAAGCUGAUGGAUUCUACAUUCUUACUUGAGUUAUGCCAUUGUUCUCACGAAUUCUUACAA